AUGCCGCGACGUUCGCCGCCACCGGCACGGCCUGCCUGGCUGCAUUCUCCUCCUCCAAGGACGAUGCUGGCAUUCAAUGUCUGCAGGCGCCAACAUCGCCGCCUCGCCUCGUCCGCACGACUUCUCCCGCGCGCACCAGGACGGCUGCGACCCGUGGCCCUGACGCGCCUGUCCUCCUCCACCUCGGCGAGGCCUCUCGACUUCACCUCCUACUUCUUCCACAACGAGCAAUGGUCUGCCGACGCCAUGCGCCCAGAGACCCACCACCCCCCAUCGUCCCCUCCCGCCCUCGUCCCGUCCUCGUCCCACCCCUACCCUUCCCUCCCCCUCACCGCCUA